AUGUCUGAAAAUAAGGUUGAACAGGUCACAGAACAACUUGCAAAGACUUAUCUUGACGAACCAACUGGUGAGUACGUCUCUAAAUCUGAGCUUAAGAAGAGACAAAAGCUGAGAGCAUUGGAAAUCAAAAAGGCAGAAAAGGCGAAGAAAGCUGCUGCUACUGCUCCAAAGGUCUCCAAGCAAUCCGAUGAACUAGCUAAUGUCAAUCCAGCUCAGUACUUUGAGAUUAGAUCUGCCCAAAUCCAAAACUUGAGAAAGGAAGAUUCUGAAACUAAUCCUUAUCCUCAUAAGUUCCAUGUCACCACUGAAUUCCCGGAAUUUAUUAAAGAAUAUGGCCAUUUGCAAAAGGGUGAAACCAAGCCGGAUGUUAAGGUCUCUGUUAGUGGUAGAAUCAUGGUUAAGAGAGAAGCUGGCCAAAAAUUGAAGUUCUAUAACUUACAAAACAAUGGUGUCAACCUUCAAAUUAUGGCACAAGCUCAAGAUGCUGAAGGUGAUUUUGCUGAAAUGCACAAACUACUAAGAAGAGGUGAUAUUAUUGGUGUUGAAGGUUAUCCAGGUAGAACUAAUCCAUCUAAAGGUGGUGAAGGUGAGUUAUCUGUUUUUGCAACUAAGGUUACCCUUCUAACACCAUGUCUUCACAUGUUACCAACAGAACACUAUGGUUUCAAGGACCAAGAAGCAAGAUAUAGAAAGAGAUAUCUUGAUUUGAUCAUGAAUAAGAACGUCAGAGAAAUUUUCCUUGCGAGAUCAAAGAUUAUCAAAUAUAUCAGAAAGUUCUUAGACUCAAGAGAUUUCGUUGAAGUUGAAACCCCAAUUUUGAAUAUUAUUGCAGGUGGUGCAACCGCAAAACCAUUCACUACUCACCAUAAUGAUCUAGAUAUGGAAAUGUUCAUGAGAAUCGCACCUGAAUUAUACUUGAAGGAAUUAGUCGUUGGUGGUUUAGAAAGAGUUUAUGAAAUCGGUAGACAAUUCAGAAAUGAAGGUAUCGAUAUGACACACAACCCUGAAUUCACCACUUGUGAAUUCUACCAAGCGUAUGCUGAUGUCUACGAUUUAAUGGAUAUGACUGAAUUACUAUUCUCGGAAAUGGUCAAGGAAAUCACUGGUGACUACAAGGUCAAAUAUCAACCAGAAGGCCCAGAAGGUGAGACUUUAACCCUUGAUUUCUCCAGACCUUGGAAGAGAGUGAACAUGAUUGAAGAACUAGAGAAGAUCUACGGCGUCAAGUUCCCAUCGGCAGAUACUUUCCACUCUGACGAAUUUAAUAAAUUCUUGAAGGAUAUUUUAAUUAAAAACAAAAUUGAUUGCCCACCUCCAUUAACCAAUGCUAGAAUGCUAGAUAGACUAGUUGGUGAAAUUGAAGACGCUUCCAUCAACCCAACCUUUAUUUUUGGUCACCCACAAAUUAUGUCUCCGUUAGCAAAGAAGGAUAGGAAGACUCCAGGUUUAUGUGAGAGAUUUGAAGUUUUUGUUGCAACAAAGGAAAUUUGUAAUGCAUAUACCGAAUUGAAUGAUCCAUUUGAUCAAAGAGCAAGAUUUGAAGAACAAGCUUCUCAAAAGGCACAAGGUGAUGAUGAAGCUCAGUUGAUUGAUGAAACUUUCUGUAAUGCUUUAGAAUAUGGUUUACCACCAACUGCAGGUUGGGGUUGUGGUAUUGAUAGACUAGCUAUGUUUUUAACCAAUUCAAAUACCAUUAGAGAAGUUUUGUUAUUCCCAACCUUAAAGCCAGACUCUUUGGUUAAGGGUGAAGAAAAAAAACAAUAG